CUGCUGCUGCAGGUGGCAGACAUGGGAGGACCAUUGGUUGGUGGUUUUGGGGAGAGAGAAAGCAAGAGUUGCAGGGCAUUGAGGAGAGGGAAAGUGGUUUUGGCUAAGCAAAGAUUAGGGUGGUUUUAAUCUUGAAGCUGGCAAAAACAAACUUUGUUACCAGCCUUUUCAAUUAAACAAAGGAAAUAAAGGUGAGGGAGGGAAAUCAAUCAAAUCUGGCCGGAGAUGGAAAGACCAGCUUUUCUUUUGCAGUUAGUGGGGUUCUCUUGGAAUCUGCGCGUAGUGGGUGCUCUCUCUCCUCCUCUGUCUCUCUCUACGCUUUCUACACUCCACGCCAUGAGGUGAACGAGUCUGAAGGUGCUCGGGUUCUAGCAGAGGAAUGUUAGUAUGAGCUUUUCUCUCUCUCUCUUUCUUUUAGUCUGAGCCUCUCUCUCUCUCUCUCUGCAACAACAGCAAAUCUCAGGGGCCUGCUGUGUGAUAUCUUAUGCAUUAAAUGCUGGUCUGCUGGCCUUUAUGUUCAUGUAAUGGCUUUUCUCUCUCAGCACUGAGCUCUGAGUUUGCGGAGUUUUUGUCAUUAAGAGUGUGAGCCGUCAGGAGACUUGAAGGUAGGUAAGGAGCUCAGGGAACAUGGUGAGAGCGUUUCUAUUGGUGGUUCUCUUACUGAGCUACAGUGGUGUCCUUCUGUGCUUAAACGAAGAAGGCUUCCUUCUUUUGGCUUUCAAGAACGCCAUCAGGGAUGACCCCCAGAACGUUACCGGCAACUGGAAUGCAUCUCAAGAGACUCCAUGCACUUGGGACGGGGUGAUGUGCAGACAAGGCAGAGUGGUCUCCCUUAGCAUGCCCAAGAACCAGCUUCUGGGCUCCUUGCCUUCCGCUCUGGGCUCUUUACGCUUCCUUAGACACAUUAAUCUAAGGAACAACAGGCUAUAUGGAAGUCUGCCACUAGAGUUGUUUCGUCUUGUGGGUCUCCAGAGUCUGGUUUUGUAUGGAAACUCCCUGUCUGGAGCUCUUCCUGCAGAGGUUGGAGAGCUGAGGUACCUUCAAAACUUGGAUUUGUCGGACAAUUUCUUGAGUGGUUUUAUUCCUUCCUCUCUGCUGAACUGCACUAGGUUGAGGACUUUGAUGCUUGGUCACAACAACUUUGUUGGUGCUCUUCCUCCAGAGUUUGGUGCUAGCUUCAGUGACCUGCAAAUGAUUAAUCUUUCUUAUAAUGGUUUUGAGGGUCCUAUCCCAAGUGAGAUCGGCAGUUUAUCCAACCUUCAGGGCACUCUAGACCUGUCACACAACAGAUUUUCCGGCCCGAUUCCGGCGUCCUUAGGAGGGCUUCCUGAGAAUCUCUACAUUGAUCUUACCUAUAACAAUCUCAGUGGCCCGAUACCGCGGAAUGGCUCCCUGGAUAACAGGGGACCAACUGCAUACAUUGGCAAUCCAGGUCUCUGUGGUCUUCCAUUAAAGAACAGAUGCCCUGGGGAUUCCCCUGGUUUGCCACUGCCCACUUUGCCAAGGCCUACAUUCUCAGGUGUUGCUACCUCCAGCAGCAAGCACAAGAAAUUGGGUACUGGAGGCAUAGUGGCCAUUGCAUUGGGUGAUGCUAUCGGAAUUGCCUUGGUCGCGUUCAUUUUUGUAUCUUGUUAUGUGAGAGUUGCUUCUCACAGAAGGAAUGGUGAUCAACCAAAUACCGACAAGGUUCACAAAGGGAAGCAGGAAUGCUUAUGCUUUAGAAAGGAUGAAUCUGACACACCUUCGGAGAACAUGGAGCAGCUUGAUUUGGUGCCAUUAGACGUGCAGGUAGGAUUUGAUUUGGACGAGCUUCUGCGAGCACCUGCAUUUAUUCUUGGCAAGAGUGAGAUUGGUAUAGUCUAUAAAGUUGUGCUUGGAAAUGGACUGACCUUGGCAGUGAGGAGAUUGGGUGAAGGUGGGUCUCAAAGGUUUAGAGAGUUCCAGCUUGAGGUUGAAGCAAUUGGUCGAAUUCGACACUCGAACAUUGUUGCUCUCCGAGCAUAUUACUGGUCUGAUGAUGAAAAACUUCUGAUCUAUGACUAUAUACCCAAUGGAAGUUUGGCAUCUGCAAUCCAUGGGAAGAGUGAAAAUCCUUUGGUAUGGGAGGUAAGAGUUGGAAUUGCAAAGGGGUUAGCGAAGGGACUGGCUUACUUGCAUGGGUUCAGCCCCAGGAAGUAUGUCCAUGGGGAUCUGAAGCCUACAAAUAUACUCUUGGGGGAGAUGAUGGAACCAUACAUAUCAGAUUUUGGAUUGGGGAGGCUGGCAAACAUUGCAGGUGAGUCACCAGGUUUGCAAUCUAAUCGCGUACCAACUGAUAACAGGCAACAACAAUCAUCUGAAUCUGCAGCCAACUUAAUUGUCAGUCCCAGAUCCCUGUAUCAAGCACCUGAAGCACCAAAACUUCUAAAACCAUCGCAAAAGUGGGAUGUUUACUCGUAUGGGGUGAUUCUGUUAGAGUUGAUAACUGGUAGGUCAACAGAAGUUUUGAUGUCGACCUCAGAGAUGGAUAUAGUGAGCUGGGUUCAGUUGUGUAUGGAUGAGAAGAAGCCUUUUUCAGAUGUUGUGGAUCCUGUUCUUCUGCGCCAAAUGCAAAUGGAAGAGGAAAUGAUUGGUGUUUUCAAGAUUGCAUUGCAAUGUGUCAAUAGCAAUCCAGAAAGAAGGCCAUCAAUGAGGAACGUCGCUGAUUUGCUGGACAGACUGACAUGCACCGGCUAAGAAUGUGAAGCUCAACUAUUGUUUAUGGCAGCUGUUAAAUAUAUUGCCACGAAAGAAGCUCCACAGGGGAUAUGUUAGAAUAAAGUGAAUCGGAGUUCUCAGUUGCAGUUCAUUCAAAAAGGUUGUGUUCCACGCUGGAGUCUUUUGUAUUGUUGAAAGGUGCAGUUCGAAAGCUCCCUUGUUCCUAUCACAACUUGUGAAUUUGUUCCAUUUCAACAAGAUAAAAGGCAUAUGGCGUGCUUUCUUUCCGUGGUGCUUAAACCUGUUGUAACUUUGUUAUUUGAAUGUAGUAUGUGAAUUUUGCAGUUAUCCUAUU